AUGAGCGAGUCAGAAGAACCUUGUCCUUCUACAGUUUAUACCCGAAUUCCAUCUCAUGUCUCUAAGUACAAAGUAAUCAAAAUUAUAGGUCGUGGUGGUUUUGCUGUUGUAGUUCUGGCCCAACAUACAAUAACAAAGGAAACGGUAGCAAUUAAAAUCAUCAACCGCGAUAUCAUCGUAAAGAACAAUCUUUUGAUGUACCUUGAGAACGAACUCCGCUUAUCUACCCGCUUUAAUCAUCCAAAUAUUGCAAAAGUAUAUGAUGUCAUUUACGAGGAAGAUAUAAUUAUGAUUAUCAUGGAAUACUUACAAAAUGGAGACUUACAGUCGUUACUGUCACGUGGUGUCUACUUCACAAUCAAAGAACAGUUAAAUAUCGCUACCCAAGUACUUAGCGGCCUUGCAUAUUUACAUUCCCGUGGUAUAUCGCAUCGCGAUGUCAAACCCGAGAAUAUUAUGUUUGAUGCACAUUAUAAUCCAAAAUUAAUCGACUUCGGAUUAUCCAAAGAGAACGGCUCCGUUCUAAAGACAUACUGCGGAACUCCACAUUUCAUGGCGCCAGAAAUCAUUCUUUCUCAGAAUUACAACGGAAUGAAAGCUGAUCUCUGGGCCUACGGCGUUACAGUACACAUUAUGGCUACUGGAGGCAGGUUCCCAUAUACAUCGCAAAAUGAUAUGCAAAUUCUUGAGCAAAUCAGAGAAAAUAAGUUGGAACUCCAAAUUGAACCAAAAGGAUUGAUCGGGGCCAUCAUCGAGAAAGCUCUUACGAUUCCUAUGGAAGAAAGACCAACAAGCGCUGACCUUCUUGCUUUUAUUGAAGAAAAACGAUGCACAAACAAAGCAAUUAGUACAUACACCUUCAACCAGAAGGAUAUUGUUGACACACCACUUCCAAAACUUGCUCCUAGAAACACAACACCGCUCUUCAUCAGGGCACAAAAUGUUAAUGAAAAAUCAUCUGUUUUAUCCAGCUUAAUAACGAGAGUUAGGGCACCGCAUCGCUUGAGUUAUUAA